GGUCAGUAGGGGGCGGGUCUCCCGGUAUAUCCGGGUCUCCUCAUAGAAGAGUCGCUGCGCUCCGGAGGAGUUUAUUUCAGUCAGUCUCUCCCGGACCGCGAUCUUCUCCUGCUGCUUUUGGACUGAUCUUCACAGGACUGCUUCCUCCGGGAUGGCCGCGUCGAUUCUGGAGGAGGAAACACGUUAUGGAUCCAGUCCCUUGGCUAUGCUAACCGCCACCUGCAACAAGUUUGGAAACACCAGUCCAAUCCGAGACUCCGCCACGCCCGGAAAAGCGGGAAGCACGGUACCAGUUAAGAAAGCCUACAGCAUGACCUCUGAACUCCAGAGCCCUAAGAAUAACGUGCGAGGCAAUGAGGGCAUCGCGGACUCUUACAGCGGCUCCUUCAGCUCCGCCGGGGGUUUGCUCACCCCAACCGGCAGCCCUCCUCCUGCUCCCACGGGAGCGUACGGCUCCGAAUACAACCCGUUCUCCAGUUUCCAAACCUCUAGUGCCUCUCAAGACCCUUCGCUCCUGGGGACCAAAGCCACGGCGGACUGCCUGACCAGCGUCAACACCUACUUGGACAUGACGCAUCCCUACGGCUCCUGGUACAAAGGCAUCCAUCCCGGAAUCACGGCUGCUCCUGCGAACGCAACAUCUUCUUGGUGGGACGUCCACACCAACUCAAACUGGCUAAGCGCAGGACAACCUCAACCUGAGAGCCUCCAAGCGCCCUUGCAACCCGUCGGACCUCAAACGUCCCUCAACCCUCAGAUGGGUAGUUACACUCCUGAUUUUACGUCUCUAAACCCAGCGCCAUAUUCUUCCGUAGGAUUGAGCUCGUCCUCGCACCUGCUCCAGUCCUCACAGCACAUGCUCCCGCAGGACAUGUACAAACCCAAACCCGUCCCAUCUUCUGGAAUCCUGGACAAUUCCUUGGGACUCAAACCGGUUCGGGGAUCUCCCGGAUACACCGGCGGAUCUACCACCGGAAGGUCUUCUUGCGAUUGCCCGAACUGCCAAGAGUUGGAGAGGCUUGGUGCCUCGGCCGCAUCCCUGCGCAAGAAACCCGUCCACAGCUGCCACAUUCCCGGCUGCGGGAAGGUCUACGGCAAGGCCUCGCACCUCAAAGCCCACCUGCGUUGGCACACGGGCGAACGACCAUUCGUCUGCAACUGGCUCUUCUGCGGGAAGCGGUUCACUCGCUCCGACGAGCUGGAGCGCCACGUCCGCACCCACACUCGCGAAAAGAAGUUCACUUGUCUCCUGUGCAACAAGCGCUUCACUCGAAGCGACCACCUCAGCAAACAUCAGAAGACCCACGCGGAAGCCAGCCUUCAAGGGAAGGCUCCAGAAGAGGAGACCGAGCCCAGAGGAACCGAGGAACCGACGGAUUCCGGUAAAGUGGCUCCUCAGGGGCCCGCGGGAGGCAUGCAGGACCCAACAGCUGUCGGAGAAGAAAAAAACAGCACGGGGAACGGAGUGGACAGCAGCAGUGGGCUGCUAGAGAUAUAAAAGCAUUGUGAGAGGAAUCGGAUUAAGACUCUGACAAGCGGAGCUACUGUUGCAUUGGUGCUAAGCUGCAUAAAAACUGAUAUCCUUUCCAAAAAAAAAUAAAGUUAUUAUUAUGCAAUCUGUUUUUAGGAUCUAGUUGAAUGUGCUCCACUGAGAGCAGCGCACCAUUUGAACAAAAAUAGCAGGUUUUGGGAAAAAUUAAUUGUUUUACAAAGAACUUUAGACACAGAGAUGCCUAGAUUUUGGGAGUAUUUUAAAAAUGUUUUAAUGUCUACAAACUAUUAUUGAAUUAUGUCUCAUUCUUUGUUUGAAAUUCCUUCUUUUUGACAACUUUCGGGGCUGUUUUUGAAGCCAUCGUGUAUCUGACAUUUGGGUUUCCAAUCGAUGCACAUGUGAUCUGUUUUUAUUUAAUUAAAUUUGAUCUCUUUUAUUUUUUUAAUCAUGAACGCUUUCUUGAGGACUCAUUACUUUGAUAGAACUGAUCAGGACGUAAUCUUGCGAUCUGGUGUACAGUGAAGCGUUUUCUUUUAUUUCAUUAUCGGUCCUGUUGUUUUAUUUAAUUUCCUAUUUACAUCAAAUCUAAUUUAUGUUUUAAAUUAUGAGACAAUGUUGUGUUUCACUGAUUUUGCUGAAUGGAGGUAGACCAUGAAGCGAGUCAUUUAUGAAUAAAUUAAGUCUUCUCAUUCA